AUGCCAACUGGAACAGGAAAUAGUAGUGGGACAAAUAAAUGCAAAAGAUGUAAAAACAAUGUGACCACAGGUCUGAAAUGCAUUAUCUGUGGAGUGCUCUCUCACAAAAGCUGCUUGUUAAAAGUUAAAUACGCUACAAUCAUUGAUGAUAACCUUUGCAAUUGCUGCAUCGAUGCAAAUAACGAUGCUAACAAUGAACCAUUAUCUGUUGCUGACGAUAAACAAAUAAACAAUACUACGGAACUUGAGCUUAAAGUUAAUUUUCUUGAAGAAAUCAUAAAAAAUAAAGACAUCAUCAUUUUCAACCAGGGGAUAGCUAUCAAUGCAUUACAAGAUCAAGUUGUGCUGCUCAAAAAUAGUGUCAGUAAGCCGGAUACAGUGCAAUCUCAUGAGGUUGAAAAACAAUUUAUGUCAUUAAAAGAGCAUCGUAAUGGCUCGGAAAAUCCGAUGAAUUUAAAUCAGGGCCGUGCUCCAUUCACUAAUGCUUCCGUAUCCAAUGCUAUUGCUUCCGCACACACUUCCAAUCAUUGUAAAAAAUUUAUAGAUUUGAAUAACGAUCAUAUCAUACACUCCAACAACACAUUCAGAACACGAGACGCAGUGAAACCAAGGAACCUACUUACUGGCAACAUGAAUACUACAUCGAACCUAAAUCUUAAGGCAUCCGAGUCGCAAGGAAUUAAAUAUCUUCAUUCCACAAACUGGGAUCCACAAACUUCCACCGAGGAACUUACUAAAUAUUUACAAGGAAUUAUUCCAAGCCUAAGAUUAGAGAAAUUAAACUCUCGUUAUCCUCAAGAAUACGCCUCUUUCAAAUUAUCGGUUCCAAACUCAGAAGUAAACAAAAUUAUCAAGAAUAUAGAUAGGUGCAUUUGUCUAGCUGUAGGACACAUAUGUCGUACAGUGAGAGACUUUAAAUCCAACAGUGAGACAGGGAAAAUAAAUAAAAAUAUAUAA